AUGCCCAAAGGCCAGCCCCAGGUGUUGCCCGUGGACGGUGGCUCACGCACGGUGGACGGUGCCUGGGCUGUCACCAUCCGCCGCUACAAGUUCAACCUGUACGGGGUGUGGGGUCGGAAACGCCUGGGCCCCGUCUCCACCGAUGCGGUCACAGAACAGAUGGCCAGAUGCUGCGUCGAGCCAGAGGAGGAGCCACCAUCGCAGCCCAUCCUGGGCGAGCUCACGGCCUCCCACGUCAGCCCCGACUCCGUCCAGCUGGAGUGGAGCGUCCCCGAGGGCACCUUUGACUCCUUCACGGUGCAGUACAAGGAUGCCCAAGGCCAGCCCCAGGUGUUGCCCGUGGACGGUGGUUCACGCACGGUGACGGUGCCUGGGCUGUCACCAUCCCGCCGCUACAAGUUCAACCUGUACGGGGUGUGGGGUCGGAAACGCCUGGGCCCCGUCUCCACCGAUGCGGUCACAGCUGCGUCCGAGCCAGAGGAGGAGCCACCAUCGCAGCCCAUCCUGGGCGAGCUCACAGCCUCCCACGUCAGCCCCGACUCCGUCCAGCUGGAGUGGAGCGUCCCCGAGGGCACCUUUGACUCCUUCACGGUGCAGUACAGGGAUGCCCAAGGCCAGCCCCAGGUGUUGCCCGUGGACGGUGGUUCACGCACGGUGACGGUACCUGGGCUGUCACCAUCCCGCCGCUACAAGUUCAACCUGUACGGGGUGUGGGGUCGGAAACGCCUGGGCCCCGUCUCCACCGAUGCCGUCACAGCUCCACAAGAAGAGGAGCCACCAUCGCAGCCCAUCCUGGGCGAGCUCACGGCCCCUCAUGUCAGCCCCGACUCCGUCCAGCUGGAGUGGAGCGUCCCCAAGGGCACCUUUGACUCCUUCACGGUGCAGUACAAGGAUGCCCAAGGCCAGCCCCAGGUGUUGCCCGUGGACGGAGGUUCACACACGGUGACGGUGCCUGGGCUGUCACCAUCCCGCCGCUACAAGUUCAACCUGUACGGGGUGUGGGGUCGGAAACACCUGGGCCCCGUCUCCACCGAUGCGGUCACAGCUGCGUCCGAGCCAGAGGAGGAGCCACCAUCGCAGCCCAUCCUGGGCGAGCUCACGGCCUCCCACGUCAGCCCCGACUCCGUCCAGCUGGAGUGGAGCGUCCCCGAGGGCACCUUUGACUCCUUCACGGUGCAGUACAGGGAUGCCCAAGGCCAGCCCCAGGUGUUGCCCGUGGACGGUGGUUCACGCACGGUGACGGUGCCUGGGCUGUCACCAUCCCGCCGCUACAAGUUCAACCUGUACGGGGUGUGGGGUCGGAAACGCCUGGGCCCCGUCUCCACCGAUGCCGUCACAGGUUCACGCACGGUGACGGUGCCUGGGCUGUCACCAUCCCGCCGCUACAAGUUCAACCUGUACGGGGUGUGGGGUCGGAAACGCCUGGGCCCCGUCUCCACCGAUGCGGUCACAGCUGCGUCCGAGCCAGAGGAGGAGCCACCAUCGCAGCCCAUCCUGGGCGAGCUCACGGCCUCCCACCCCCAGGUGUUGCCCGUGGACGGUGGUUCACGCACGGUGACGGUGCCUGGGCUGUCACCAUCCCGCCGCUACAAGUUCAACCUGUACGGGGUGUGGGGUCGGAAACGCCUGGGCCCCGUCUCCACCGAUGCCGUCACAGGUUCACGCACGGUGACGGUGCCUGGGCUGUCACCAUCCCGCCGCUACAAGUUCAACCUGUACGGGGUGUGGGGUCGGAAACGCCUGGGCCCCGUCUCCACCGAUGCGGUCACAGCUGCGUCCGAGCCAGAGGAGGAGCCACCAUCGCAGCCCAUCCUGGGCGAGCUCACGGCCUCCCACCCCCAGGUGUUGCCCGUGGACGGUGGUUCACGCACGGUGACGGUGCCUGGGCUGUCACCAUCCCGCCGCUACAAGUUCAACCUGUACGGGGUGUGGGGUCGGAAACGCCUGGGCCCCGUCUCCACCGAUGCCGUCACAGGUUCACGCACGGUGACGGUGCCUGGGCUGUCACCAUCCCGCCGCUACAAGUUCAACCUGUACGGGGUGUGGGGUCGGAAACGCCUGGGCCCCGUCUCCACCGAUGCGGUCACAGGCCAGCCCCAGGUGUUGCCCGUGGACGGUGGUUCACGCACGGUGACGGUGCCUGGGCUGUCACCAUCCCGCCGCUACAAGUUCAACCUGUACGGGGUGUGGGGUCGGAAACGCCUGGGCCCCGUCUCCACCGAUGCCGUCACAGGUUCACGCACGGUGACGGUGCCUGGGCUGUCACCAUCCCGCCGCUACAAGUUCAACCUGUACGGGGUGUGGGGUCGGAAACGCCUGGGCCCCGUCUCCACCGAUGCCGUCACAGGCCAGCCCCAGGUGUUGCCCGUGGACGGUGGUUCACGCACGGUGACGGUGCCUGGGCUGUCACCAUCCCGCCGCUACAAGUUCAACCUGUACGGGGUGUGGGGUCGGAAACGCCUGGGCCCCGUCUCCACCGAUGCGGUCACAGCUGCGUCCGAGCCAGAGGAGGAGCCACCAUCGCAGCCCAUCCUGGGCGAGCUCACGGCCUCCCACCCCCAGGUGUUGCCCGUGGACGGUGGUUCACGCACGGUGACGGUGCCUGGGCUGUCACCAUCCCGCCGCUACAAGUUCAACCUGUACGGGGUGUGGGGUCGGAAACGCCUGGGCCCCGUCUCCACCGAUGCCGUCACAGGUUCACGCACGGUGACGGUGCCUGGGCUGUCACCAUCCCGCCGCUACAAGUUCAACCUGUACGGGGUGUGGGGUCGGAAACGCCUGGGCCCCGUCUCCACCGAUGCGGUCACAGGCCAGCCCCAGGUGUUGCCCGUGGACGGUGGUUCACGCACGGUGACGGUGCCUGGGCUGUCACCAUCCCGCCGCUACAAGUUCAACCUGUACGGGGUGUGGGGUCGGAAACGCCUGGGCCCCGUCUCCACCGAUGCCGUCACAGGUUCACGCACGGUGACGGUGCCUGGGCUGUCACCAUCCCGCCGCUACAAGUUCAACCUGUACGGGGUGUGGGGUCGGAAACGCCUGGGCCCCGUCUCCACCGAUGCCGUCACAGGCCAGCCCCAGGUGUUGCCCGUGGACGGUGGUUCACGCACGGUGACGGUGCCUGGGCUGUCACCAUCCCGCCGCUACAAGUUCAACCUGUACGGGGUGUGGGGUCGGAAACGCCUGGGCCCCGUCUCCACCGAUGCGGUCACAGCUGCGUCCGAGCCAGAGGAGGAGCCACCAUCGCAGCCCAUCCUGGGCGAGCUCACGGCCUCCCACGUGAGGGCUUCUGUGAGCCUCUUCUAUGUCUCCUUUUGA